GCACAGCUCAGCCUGCGGCUCCUUCCCGGCGCCAGCCGCCCCGCAGCCGGGAGCCGGCGCCUAACCCGGAGCACGGCCGGACGCCCAGCUCUCCCCGGCGGCCCCGCGCACCCUGCGGGAGGAGCCGGCCGCCGUGACGCGUCAGGGAGGAAGCGCCAGCGCCCGGCGGCCCUGCCGGGAAGGAGGAAGCGCGAGUGCGCUCGGCUCCGCGCCCGCCGCGCGCGGAGGCAGCACCACGGAGCCGGGGAAGGCCUGAGGCGUGAUGUUCUCCUUUAGUUCUGCUCCUCCGGACCACGCACGGUUGCAUGAUGGAAUUUGAACAUUACCUCAAGAGGUUUUAUGUUUUGGAUUAGCUAAUUGUGUUUGUCCUCUGCUGACUAUUUCUUCGGACUCACUUUUUGGUGUCCUUUUGAGGCAGUAAACUCAAAGGGAUUAUACCAUGGACUACAAGGAAAGCUGUCCAAGUGUAAGCAUUCCCAGCUCUGAUGAACACAGAGAGAAAAAGAAGAGGUUUACUGUUUAUAAAGUUCUGGUUUCAGUGGGCAGGAGUGAGUGGUUUGUCUUCAGAAGAUAUGCGGAGUUCGAUAAGCUUUACAACACUUUAAGGAAACAAUUUCCUGCUAUGGCCCUGAAGAUUCCUGCCAAGAGAAUAUUUGGUGAUAAUUUUGAUCCAGAUUUUAUUAAACAGAGAAGAGCGGGACUGAAUGAAUUCAUUCAGAACUUAGUUAGGCAUCCAGAACUUUACAACCAUCCAGAUGUCAGAGCAUUCCUUCAAAUGGACAGUCCAAAACAUCAGUCAGAUCCAUCUGAAGAUGAGGAUGAAAGAAGUACUCAGAAGCUACACUCUACCUCACAGAACAUUAACCUGGGACCAUCUGGAAAUCCUCAUGCUAAACCAACAGACUUUGAUUUCUUAAAAGUUAUUGGAAAAGGCAGCUUUGGCAAGGUUCUUCUUGCAAAACGGAAACUGGAUGGAAAAUUUUAUGCUGUCAAAGUGUUACAGAAAAAGAUAGUUCUCAACAGAAAAGAGCAAAAACACAUUAUGGCUGAACGUAAUGUGCUCUUGAAAAAUGUGAAACAUCCAUUUUUGGUUGGAUUACAUUAUUCUUUCCAAACAACUGAAAAGCUUUAUUUUGUUCUGGAUUUUAUUAAUGGAGGGGAGCUGUUUUUUCACUUACAAAGAGAACGGUCCUUUCCUGAACACAGAGCUAGGUUUUAUGCUGCUGAAAUUGCCAGUGCAUUGGGUUAUUUGCACUCCAUCAAAAUAGUGUACAGAGACUUGAAACCAGAAAAUAUUCUUUUGGAUUCAGUAGGACAUGUUGUCUUAACAGAUUUUGGGCUUUGUAAAGAAGGAAUUGCUAUUUCUGACACCACAACAACAUUUUGUGGGACACCAGAGUACCUAGCACCUGAAGUAAUCAGAAAACAGCCCUAUGACAAUACUGUAGAUUGGUGGUGCCUUGGUGCUGUUCUGUAUGAAAUGCUGUAUGGAUUGCCUCCUUUUUAUUGCCGAGAUGUUGCUGAAAUGUAUGACAAUAUUCUUCACAAGCCCCUAAGUUUGAGGCCAGGAGUGAGCCUUACAGCCUGGUCAAUUCUGGAAGAACUCCUAGAAAAAGACAGGCAAAACCGACUCGGUGCCAAAGAAGACUUCCUUGAAAUUCAGAAUCAUCCUUUUUUUGAAUCACUCAGCUGGACUGAUCUUGUACAAAAGAAGAUUCCACCACCGUUUAAUCCUAAUGUGGCAGGACCAGAUGAUAUCAGGAACUUUGAUGCAGCGUUUACAGAAGAAACAGUUCCAUAUUCCGUGUGUGUGUCUUCUGACUAUUCCAUAGUGAACGCCAGCGUACUGGAGGCCGACGACGCCUUUGUUGGUUUCUCUUACGCACCUCCUUCAGAAGACUUAUUUUUGUGAGCAGUCUGCCAUCAAGAACCCAUUGAGCAAAUAUAAGCCUACAGAUGACAUGGAAACUCCUGUUUGUGUGAAUAUAUUCAAAUAUGUUUAACUAGUGCCUCAUUUUUACAUGUAAUGUUAAAAACUAUGAAAAAUGUAUUUUCUGCUGUAUGCGAGAAAAUAGGGCAUUUCAGAGAACUAAGUUUUGAAUUAAAAUUUGUAUUCUUGUUUAUUAAGCUUAUUUUUAAACAGAAAUUUUAAAAGCUACUGUUCUUAGCAUUAACCUAUUUUUAAAGAAAACUUUUUUGCUAAUGACUGUUUCUUUUUCCCUCUAGGUUUAUGCUAACAUCUACCCAAGAUAGACUGUUUUUUAACAGUCUGUUUCAGUUCAGUUAACAUACAUUAAUGCCUUCGUAGCUCUCUACUUUGAGUUCUCAGAUCACAACUAUGCAAUUGGUACAUGGUUGUUUAAGAAGAAACCAUAUCUUUCCAUAAUGAAUCACUGUUUGACAUUAUCAUUUCUUGGUAGGAUUAAAAUAUAAAAGCAUAGUUAACUCAUUGGCUGCUAGCUAACACUUUGAGUAACUGUCCAUUCUGCACAUCAAAUUAAGAAGUAACAAAAGGAAAUCCUGUGCUUUUGAAAUACCAGUUCAAAUUUAUGAAUUAUUUUUCCUCUGGAGGAAAAGUAAAAGUUUAAUAGAAAUUUAGAAAUUUUAAGUAUUCCCAAAGCUCUGAAGGGAAAUAAAGUACUGCUGGAUUUUGUUUUUUAAGGCGGUGCCAAAAGCGAAUAUCUCUGUGUCAUGUAUUUAUAUUACCAAUACAUUUUAUUUAUGUUCUUUUUGGUCUUUUGAAUAUUUAAUAUAUUGUUAAGUAGGUCGAAAUCUUGAUAUUUGUUUUUGCAAAUAGCUAUUCAAAACUGUCUUCCUAAUUGGUUGAUAAGUAAAAAAUAUUGCACUGUCUAGAGUAUUUACCUAAUUGGGAACUAAAAAGUAGAAUAGCAAAUUAUGGGUCAGUAUAAAUGUAUACAGUUUUACUACAAUGUAACAAAAGUUAAAAAUAAUUUAGGCAGAUGCAUAGUCAGUAUCUUAUGUAUCUUAGAAAAAGUACAGGAAGCUGACCUUAAAAUCAUACUAAAAACCAACUAACUUGUAUACUUGUAAUUGUGAAAAAGAAUAUCUACAGAAAAACUAAAACUCACGCUUACCUUGGGAUUCUGAUUUUUAGUUUAGAGAUUUUUCAGGUCUUGUAGGAAACUGUGAAAGAGUUUAGUGACGCAGUUUUGAUGCUUCAGGAACAAGCAUACUUUCCAUGUAUUUUCUCUUGAGAAAGAAAUUACAAAAACUUUUCACACGAAUACCCUUUAGCGUAAAAUGGUUCAGCAGAAGGCAGGGAGGCAGAGUGUACUUUUGUUAGAUUAGUAAUGUUUGCAUCCAAUACACUGAAUCUUCCUUUAGAGGUAAGACUUUAAUAGCGACACUGUAAAUAUUUUGUUUAUUUGGCACUACUGUAAGUUCUGCUUUUAUACAAAGCUCUUUGCUUAUUAUAAAACAAAAACUGUAGUUUCUUGUAUGAUUUUUUUUUACUCAGCUGUUCCUUAAUUAAACUGCCAAAAAUUAAAGUGCAAUAUUGUAUAUUUUUAAGAACAAAUUUUAAAUAGAAUAUUGAUGUUCCUCAGAUCACAGGAAAUACAAAUCUUAUAUAGUAUAAUAAAAACUAGCAAAAAGAUUAAUGAUCAUCUAAUGCCUGCCAUUAUUUUAUCUUGUUUAUUUUUUAUUUUUAAAUAUUUAUUUAUUUAUUUUUGGCUGCGUUGGGUCUUUGUUGCUGUGCGUGGGCUUUCUGUAGUUCCAGUGAGUGGAGGCUACUCUUUGUUGUGGCGCACGGGCUUCUCAUUGUGGUGGCUUCUCUUGUUGUGGAGCAUGGGCUCUAGGCACGCGGGCUUCGGUAGUUGUGGCUCGUGGGCUCUAGAGUGCAGGCUCAGUUGUGGCGCACAGGCUUAGUUGCCCCACAGCAUGUGGGAUCUUCCCAGACCAGGGCUCGAACCCGUGUCCUCUGCAUUGGCAGGCGGAUUCUUAACCACUGCACUACCAGGGAAGUCCCCCUGCCAUUAUUUUAAAUUAAAAUUGGUGAUGCUUACAGUAGUCAUUACAAACUAAUUAUUCGUAUAUGUAAGGGAGAGAAGUAUAAAAUUUUAACUAAAUAUCUGGGUAUACAUAGAAAUUUCUAGAUUAUCAUUGGCCGACAUGUUUAAUAUUCAGGGAACAAAAUCUCUUCCAAGUUUCAAGUUUAUUUUUUUUCUCAGAGCAUGCUGAGUCUUUUAGAAAAAGGUCUGCCCUUUGAAUAGUUGAACCAUUUCAUGGUUAUUGCCAAAAUAAACUCAAAGAUCUAAAUGAAGAAGCCCUGACAUUCUUCAUGUUACACAUACCUCUUAUUGCCUAUGGUACAGUGUAGGGCUUCCCAACCAUUGUCAUGUCACAGCACACACUGAAAAUUACAAAAUUUGGCACACCUGGGGAGAGGUGCCAGCUGAUGUAGGUGCUGGCAGCAGGUGCUCUGCUCAAAAGUUUUUAUGCCAAAAUAAUUUUUCAAUUUAUGAGCCAACAAACACUGUUGGGAUAUAAUUUCAGCAAUGGCAAAUGUUUUAAAAGUGAUUUAAAUAUUUGAAAUAUUUAUUACUAUAAAAUUUUAUCACUAUAAAAAUUUACCUCUACCAAUAUCUUUUGGCAUACCUGAAACUUUUAUAGUGAUUAUCCAUAGGCAUAAUAUUACAGACCUUUACACAGAUAUUUUAUGACUCAUUCUUUCGUACAUCACAUACUGUAUGAAAAGUGGGAGUGGUAUGUGGCAACAUUUUUAGUAGUGCUGGCAUGAUUUUCAAUAAAGUGUGUUAAAAUUGAUAACUUAUUUCCUCAUGUAUGUAGUUUGGAAGUUAGCUCUGUUUUUGAAGUGGGAUUUUCUGCCACUUGCCUCUAACAGCAGUUUCUACUUUUGUUGGUUUUUACAGAUUAUUCUAUAUCCCAAGGAGAUUGUUCAUUUAUAUGAAACCCCAGAGUGUACAUGGAUGAGUUUCAAGUGGCAUGAGUACCUUGAAAAGAUACACCAAGUUUUGUGUGUAAAUAAAAUCGACUUGGGGCAGGGAGUGCUGCAUAGCUUUGUUUAGAUGAUCAAAAGGAUUUACUGCUAUAAAAAGACUGGGUUUCUUCUCUGCCACUUUUGUUCCCCUUCACUCACCUAAUAUUAAGAGGAUUUGCUCUCUAAUUUCCCUGAAAGCAUUCCAGUUGGAGAUUUAUAUCACUUAUUUAGCAUUUUGGGUGCAAUUUUAUAUAAUCACCCAUUUGUAAUUCUUUAAACAUAUUCCUUAAAGGGACCCCCCCUACAGAAAAGUAUUUAUUUCACUAUUUCUUUGCAUUAUGCCCAUUUUUACAGAGGUACUUAAGUCAGAAAGAAAUAUAGCUGUCUCAAAAUGGUAACUUUUUGAUAAUUUACCCAAAAUCAAGAUAGUAGAGAAUAGUUUAAAGCAAUAUUAUACAAAGAAAAAAAGCAAAUAUAGAAGUAUAAAUUCAGAGUGGUAUUUAUAGCAAUGAAGUAGCCAAUCAAAUAAGUUAUUUUUACAUAUUGUACUGAAAAUGAUGGAUCACCAUAUGACUCUUAUGGGAAUAGUGUAAAACAAAGAAUUACAUUACUCUACAUAACCCUGCUUACUGUAACAACCAUGCCCAUUUGGUGUUUUUACUAAUCUUGUGUUUAAGUGCAACUGAAGUUUUUGCUGUAAAUUCUCUUGCAGGAAUAUAUCUCAGAUUCAUCCUUUUUUUCUAAUAA